CUCACAGCCGCAGUGAACACAUGCUCUGAUAGGUUGUUGAACGACUCACCCUCUCCAACAAGCUUUUUCGAUCCAUCUGGAAGUAGAUCUAGCGGAUUUGUUGCUUUUCUUUGUUCAAUUGGCACAAGAUAGAAUCAUCAAAAAAUAUACGACUAUCAAAAAAAAGUUAAACAUUUAUUCACAUUUAAGGGUUGAAACAUUUCAUAUUUGUACGCUGUAUUUGACACCUGUCAAGACAAAAUAUGUCAAAUAUGUAAGACAAAUAUGAAUUGUUUCAACCUUUAACACAUAGGGGAAAAGAAUCUUGGACAGACUAAAAAAAAUCACAGACAAGAAAAUAAGAUACUUCCAGUCAUCAUCUUGACACCUGGAAUGUGGUUGGCAUCUUGGGGAUGUCUUCUUGCAGAUGUCUUCCCAAGAAAUGGAAGAGUUUGAACCAGUGGCGCAAGGAGAACGGGGGCGCUUCGGAUAAAAAAUGGUUUGACUUUGUUCCUUGCCAGAGCACUUUUGUGCCUGAGCGCAGUACUUCAUAGUGUAAAAGCCUUGUACUCACCUCUUUGUACUUCAUAGACAAGAAAAUAAGAUACUUCCAGUCAUCAUCUUGACAGCCCUUCACUGUUCGUGCCAAGAUGGGUCGUGGACGAGCUUAUCGACGCCGCUCGUGCGCUGCGCGUGCCGCAGCCAUGGCUAACGCAGCGGCCGGCGUGUCUGCCUUGAAGAUGACGAGGCGUGGGCAGAUGGCAUGCGUCGGCGCGUGCUUGGGAGGCGACCCGCCUCUGUCUUCGACAACGGCCCAGUCGGCCACCGAAAUGACUGCGGAAGUUGGAAGCGCGACAGCUGUUCCUGCAACUGCGGUUGCAACUCCUCUGCAGGUACAACAAUUUAUUGGGAUAUUUAUACCGGGAAGGUGAAAGAACUCUUUGACGUCGCGUUGGAGAAUAGGAAUCCCAAAAACAGGGCACUAUAUUAUAUGUGCGACGCCCUACAUUUUUUUGGCAUGGUCCUUCUCAAUUUGAUCUCAUUCCUCGCUACUUCUUGUACCUGAACAUUACUUAGGAUGCCUCCGCUUUGGACGAAGCUAGAGGAGAGCUUGACAGAGAGCUAGAUCUUGUCGACCAGUUGUUGGGGGAUCUAGAGGGAGGGGCAGCCCUCUCCACGGAGGGCAACCAUCGCAUGGAUAAAGUGAAGACUGCCCUCUCCACGCUAGUGUCAGAAGAUGCCCUUGCGAACUUGGCAUCUUCUCUAAAGGCAGAGGUGGAAACGGACCUGAAUCCUUAUAAUAAGCUCUACUCGGAUCUCGAACAGAAACCGACACGAGACCUCCAAUCCGUCAAAGCCAUGACUGAAAUUGUGAAGACGGCCCGAGCAACCGUGGAAGGGAAUAUCGACGCUUUUAUCGAGAAACUUGAAGGGUCAUCGCAAAGCCCGGUAUUUCUUAUUGUCACAUCUAGAUUUGCAAGUACCGCUUAGAACCUUGUCACAGGCGGGAAGGUGAGUGCGAUGACUGAAUUUAUUUACUACAACGGGCAAUCAAAACAAAGAUGGACCGUUUUCCAUGCAGAUCAUCACUCUCCUUAUUCGUAUUGUCAUCCUUAUCGCCUUCGUCAGCACCAUGCAAGGGGUUGCAGUUCUUGCAUUUUCGUCCGCAUUGUGGCUUGCUUUUCUCUGUCUCGCAUUUCCCUGGCUUUUGACAUACUUCUCUCCGCCUCUCCUCGAUAAGUAAAUUGAAUGUCUAAAAACAAGUCACCACACUCAGAUCGCACCAAGAAGAUACAUCGAAGACUGCGAAGCUAGUUGACUGAUGUGUGAGUGAUUCUAGAUUGUGACUCUUACCUGCCAUGUGAACUUAAACCAGGAGCAGCACGACAACGUACGCUCGGUAAUGGAUAAGGCACUGAACGAAGCAUCAGAAACUAUGAUAGAUGCCUGGCCCAAGCUGGAUAAGCUUGUUGGAAGUGCAGAUACUGGCGAAAAAGCUGGGGCACUACAGCGAUUAGUGGACGAGGAAUGGCAAUUGUUUUCUCGUCAAGUGGACAAAGAAUGGGAAUCGCUCUCUGGUAAAGGUCAACGGCCGCCAGUCGAUAUCAAAGUGCGAUUGCUGUUACUUUACCGACUCGUGAGCUUCACAAAGUACUAUAAAUCCGAGUUCGACUCGACUGAAAAAAUUGCAGAAAAGUUGAGAAAGAUCUCUGGCGAGCCUGCAAAAGUCACCGAUGCACUCAGAAAACUCUUGUGGAGAGAGGGGCAGCUGCCACAAUAGACACGCCGUAUUGUAUCCACAUUGGUGUUGUUUGUCAUGGUUCUCUUCUUCUGGAUAUCGAGUCUCACUCUUCCCUACAUCUUGAAAUUUUUGGGGAAAGCGAUAUGAACGGGAUUGCCGCAGGAAAUCGUUUCCGAAUUGAUGACGCUUGUAAAACGGCAAAAGAACAACUUGGAAUGUUGCAGAAGAAGUCUGACCUUGCAAAUCGUUAUCUUGAUCUUGAAUGUGACCUCGCGGAAGGAAUGAGGGCGUGAGGGCUCUCCGCAGUUGGGCACGUCUAUGCCUAAAUCAGUGCAUCUGGGGCGCGUGCCAGGUAGGACAUUACUAAAAGCAUACAGCAACGACAUUGUCUUUAUUGGAGACGCUGAGUCCUCUUUAUUUACUGGCAUUGCAGAAAAUUACUUUUCAAAGAGCAGGGGACAACUGGAAAACAACUUCAUAACAUUACUUCAUGCAGCAGUAUCUUGAUCAGAACGCCCCACAUUUCGUUGCACGUGUCUUGUUAUAGAUCGUAAGUCGAUGUCGUAGUCGUUUGUCGAAGUCGAUUGUCAAUUAUAGGACUCUUCAUCUUUGAGAUUACACUAAUGUGUUUCUUGAUAUUCUAAGGUCUACAUGCUUAUCCAGCGGGAAUAAAAAUCAGUCAAAGUAGGUAAAACGAUAAUUUUGAACAAUCGAGAAUUUUGGCCGUAAUGAAUUAUACUUCUUGUCUUAUAUUGUAGUCUUAAUGCUAUACGCGCUUCGUGGGUCUUUUCAAGUACUUUGGAUUCGUUUUCUGGCGGUCCUGGGGGGAACUUUUGGGUUGCAUUACCAUUUAAAUGUCCGAUGUAAAGAUCGAU